AAGGAUAUCGUUCUUGUUUUUCUCUUUUGCGUUUUAAUGACAUUUGGUGUUUUUGGUAACAUGCUCGUCAUAUAUAUAUUUGGCGUAAGAUUUAAGAAACCAUUAUCCAAACCUGAAUUAUUGAUUUUAUUUCUUGGUAUGGUGGAUCUAUUUGUUUCACUGACCAACCCAACCUUGUAUGUGUAUUUCACGCUCACUGGUUACACGCGGUGGGAUUUUGGUUUAGCCGGCUGUAAAAUAUUACCCGCGGUUGCACCUAUAUCAACAAGCUUCUCAGCUGCCAUUAUAUUAAUAAUGACAAUUGACCGGGAUCGAUCUAUCAUGGCACCAUUUAAAGAAGGCUUUAAAAAAUCUUCCAUUUAUAUUGCACUAGCCGUUUCGUUCGUGUUGUCAUGUAUGGCUUAUAUCAAUUACAGCUUGAAUUUGAGCAUAUCUGCUUAUGGUUGUGGACCAGAAACCAACCCUGGGUAUUACAUUUCUAAUAUUAGCAUCCUUUUAGUGAGCGAUCUUGUCUUCUUUAGCGUGUUUCUGACAACUUCAGUUCGGAUUUUUCUGCGACUUCGAAUGAAUAAAAAGCAACCUAUCAAAAUGGGUGAUAUCAAGUCGGAAGAUUUACGGAAGAAGCGUUCGAAACGUGUGAUUCGUUUGGUUUUUGCGAUGGGACUGUUGUUUGCUGUUUGUACGUACCCCAGAGAUAUACUUCACUUGGCAUUUAAUUUCUCCUUCUUGAUACCACCGACCAUAAAAGUGACAAAAACUGUUCAAUUUCUUAAUUCCGCUUUUAAAGUUCUUCACACCGCUAAUAGCAGCUUCAACAUUUUUAUCUAUUCGUCUAUGAACAGAAAAUUUCGGAGCGAACUACUGUUGUUUUUCCGUCGCUUUGGCUUCUCGCGCACAAACCUAUCAAAGCGCGUUCAACGCAUGGUCAGAUAUAGUGCGGAAGUAAUAGGGCGUCAAGUUAAACUCGAUGUACCAAAUAGUAAUAGCAGUGUAUCUCUUGUAUCAUACACAGUCAAUAAAAAUUCUCCACCUAAAGAUCGCUCAACACCAUUGGCUGAGACAACGUCAUUGUCGGUGUCUAGCAUGGAAGUUCCUAGUACGGUUGAGAAAAAGCUAUCUAUUCGUUCUGAUCGAUCGCGAAGAUUAAAGAUAUAUAACUGCGAUUAAAACAGGGAAAAUUUUUGAAAAUUCAAGAAUUCGAAAGAAAUUUGUGGUUGUUAACCAGAAGAAUGACGUCGUGAUUUGUUGAUUCAUUUUCUGCAAAAUUGAGUAAAAGACACUUUAACCCUAAACUUCUAGUUGAA